UCUUUUCCUUAACCACUAGCGAUAUCUCUACCAUUACAAUGCAUCCACGAUCAGCACUGGGCUCUCCCACACCAUCUGCUGCGAGUCGCCUCUCAGACAGCAGCCGUUCGGAUAGUAGUCGUCAAUUUGCGCGGAAAGGAGGUGCAGCAGAAUUCGAGAUCGAGAGACCCCUCAAAAUGUCCACCUCAUCUCCAAAGCGACCAGGCGUUCGUCGUCGUCAGUCUGAAUAUGGCGCGGAAAGUGCUCUUCGUGCGAGCGUGUCACGUUUACUCACCGCCAAAGCCCGUCCGUUCACCGUCACCGGUCACAUCCCAAUGGACCCGGCAUCCUUGGUGCUAUUCUUCCGUUCGAAGAGUGGUAUCACACACUCGCUUGAUUUCCCCAUCAACAUCGAUUACGACACACCUCCGGCUCUCGAAGUACUACUCGCUGCAUGUAAACCCCAUCCGACACCUGGAUAUGAUGUAUACCCUGAUCGCGAAACCCUCUUCUACCCCGGAAACCUUCCCUUGACUGCCACUCUCGAAAUCGCCAACCAUCCCAUCCUCGAUGCGGUGCGUAACGCACUGUUCCCGGCAUUACCCAUGGGACAUUACCUCACUGCCCUGAGAGAUAAGCUAGAGGUGAUGGCAACAGGAGCGCGUAUGGCUCCCCAGCCUCGUACAUUACGCAACGAUGGUAGAGUUGCUACGAUAUGUGUUACUUUGCCUGUCCACCAUCGCGGGGGAAAUAUGAUCGUCCGAGAUGCAGAAGGGACAGAAGAGAAGUUCUUCGGAGGUGGAGGCAAACCUUCGGAGGUCCACUGGACUGCGUUCCUUGGGGAAUGCGAGUACGAAGUCGAGACCAUCCAGCAAGGAUGCCGGAUGAGCUUCACGUACGCGGUGCAUCUGAAGACAUACGGGGCAGCAGUCGAUCCCCUGAUCACACCGAGCGAAUACUUCCUUGAUCUUCUUUCCCCAGUUCUCAGCCUUUCUCGCGGACGCAAAGUAGCAUUCUAUUUGACACAGGAUUACGGUGUCAACCCUUCGGAGGGCCUGGCCGAGUCUUUGGUUCCUCAUCUUAAGGGCAGUGAUUCUCUAUUAUACCAUGCCCUGAAGGUGUACAAGCUUGCGCCAGAGCUGCAUUGGGCAGCAGGGGGAUAUGUCUGGCCUAUCGAUCGGACCGUAGAAUGCGGAAACGAUGUUCUGGAUUCGCCAACAAGCUUAUCAUCGAUGGGCUUCCCCAGCGCUUUUGGAUCACCUGCUCGUUCAGCAAAAUCCGUCCGUGGUCCGAUGAGCUACUACGGUGGGCCGGAAGAAGAUGACGUGGAGAUAAUGAAAAUCGAAGCUGACAACCUGAGGAUGAGGGUUGAGGAGAGCGGUGCUAUCCCUCUUUCCGAAGCGGAAAUAUUCAUCCUUUCUGAUUGGGUUCCCGGUCCGCUUGCGAAGGAGAGGGUGCACUUUGUAUCGAACGGGGAACUUGAGAAGCUGAUUGUUAAUGUCCUCCUCGUUAUUUAUGUUCCUUGAGGCUGGAUGGAGGGUACGAAGGACGUAAUCUUGUAAUCAUCUAAUAAUUGGCUGCUGGAACGGCCGCGAUGGAGCUCAGUCUGGACAUUUAUUAGUACUUGUACUUGUACUAUUUACUGCCUGCAAGUAAUGACAUAUCUGAUGAACACGCCGACUUAAUUUUUCUCGGGACAUGUUCGGCACAA